AUGGCAGAGUGUAAAGUAGGGACAGAGUCUGUGCUGGUGUCUUCCAGUGACAGGAGUUUUAUGAAAUCACUGAAAGAGUUUAUAGAGAGUGAAAAGGAGCAGGUGUGCUGUCCUGAUGAAGGACCUGAUGAUCAGAGAUAUACCAUUUACAGCACAGCUUUCGAUAAGAUAAUCGACUACGCUACGGCUUACAAACCGGUUCUCACAGCCAUCAAAAAGGAAUAUGAUGACUUAAUUGCCUCAGUGAAGAACGAUCAGCAUCAAGCUCAGAUGGCUCAUGGAAAACUGAAGGCCAUGCUGGUUCAACCCACCUCCUUAAUGUACUACCAGAGAAGAGCUGCUCAGCUGCAGCAGAGGAUUGCCACCAUUCAGCGAAACACUGCUGAUUUACAAACCAAGAUAAAACGGGUUCAAAAGUGCAAAAAUUCCCAAAAAGAGGAAUCGUUGGAGGUGACGGUUCCCCCUGGUCAGAUCCCAGGUCUUGGUUUAACACUGAAUGAGUUGUUAAACCCAGAAUCUCUGGAUAAACAUUUGGAACGUUUGGAGCAGAAGAGAAAUGAACUUCUGGAUAAGAAAAGGAGGCAGUAUGUUCCAGUCAAGGUCAAAACUGAGCUGGAUUUAACAAUGAAGGUCACGUUGAAGCAGAGGGAUGAACUUUCUGUAGAGAACGAGAAACUGCUGCUCCGCUUUAAACAGUUGACUUUCCUGAAGGAUACACUUAAUCGUUGGGAAGAAAAAGGAUGCAGCACUCCUUUACUCAAGCUCCUCCCCUCUGCACUGAAGCACCUGUCAGAAAUUAAAGUAUGUGAAGACGACCGCACUCGCUUUUGGCCUGAGAAUUCAGAACAGGAUGAUCCUGGCAAAAUCAGAGAAUCCAAACGUCUGGCGGGUUACAUUGAGAGGUUUCUAAAGCUGUUUGAAAUGGGAGACUACGAGACCGCCGCUCGUCACGCUGCCAUGUCCCCUCACGGAGUGCUGAGAAACAUCAACGUCAUGGAGAAAUUUAAAACCAUCACAGCGUAUGAGGGGGCGCUUCAUCCUCUGCUGCUCUUCUUCCGCCUCUUGAUGAUGUCGGCGCCACCUGGAAAACCUCUCUCGGAAAGGUUGUCCUUGGAGGGAGUCGGCUUUGCCUUACGACAUGGCUGCCACGGACUGGUGACAUUCGGUGUGUCUCAGAGCAAGCUGACCUACAGUGAGGAACUAGGGGAUCUGAUCGCUAGCUAUGAACAUGACGACCUAUGCAUAGCGGACACGUGCUUGGCCCUGGCGCAGAUCAUUUACUUAGAGUGCAGCGUGAUCAGGAAAGCCGCGCUCACCAUGUGCAAACGAGGUCUGACCACAGCGGCUUUGGAAUUCAUUCACAACAGGAAAGAAUUCACAAUUGACGACUUUAUGUUUGUGCUGAGAGGACUUCCCAGCGUGGCUCUGCUGCAGGAUUUCACUCAGCCAUGUGACAGCACACCGGCGCUCGUGUCCGUAGGGUUUAUCUCUCAUUAUCUUCUCAACUCGGACCUGGAGCAUCUGGCUCUCCAACUGCUGGAGCGGAUUCAGGCAAAAGGACAAGAUGCGCUCCAGAAAACCAUCCUGGAGGAUGAGACAUGCAGCAUAGAGAGCUGGAGCGAAAUCGCCGCUCGCUGCGAACAGACCGAACGGCUGGACCUGGCGCAGGACAUCGCGUCCGUACUGCUGCUCCAGGACGGUGCCGUGCGUCUCUCUCCGGGCCUCGAUGGCGCCGAGCUCAUGGAGCACGUCUUCAUGUAA